AUGGAAAAUUGGUCGGUUGAUCAAGUCUGCAACUGGUUGAGACAGAGUAAUUUAGGAGAACUAGUUCCUAAGUUUCGUGAAGAAGAAGUAAGUGGAGCAGCUCUUUUGGCUCUUAAUGAUCGUAUGGUACAGCAGCUGGUGAAGAAGAUUGGGCACCAGGCAGUGCUGAUGGACCUAAUCAAUAAAUACCAGCAACAAAAAAGUGGGCUAGAAUCCCUUACAUACUGCUGUGAAACAGCUUCUCCAAAAUAUCCAGAAGUAAUCAGUGGAAAAAAUCUGAAAUCAUUUUUUGCAAGAUACAAGACAUUGCAGUGGACAAGUUCUUAUGCUUUGCCAGACUUCCCUUAUGAUGUCAAAUGCAUAUUAGCAGAAAAAAGAUGCCCUGAUCACAGUAUGAGGAUAAGGAUUAUUGAAUUUUUGCAAGCAGACAUGACAAAAUACCUAGAAGGAUCACUGUAUCCGAACAGUCAGCAAUACAACAUUGUUGUCAAUGCUCUGUUGCAGGCGUACCCAUUCCUCGAUGAAGAUGGGAAUGGCUUUUUGCUAUGGAAAAGGGCCCUUAAAGAUCGUUUCAAAUAUGUGCGAAGACCCAUUGAAGAUGAUGAGCAAGUCCUGAGGAACAAAUGCAAGUUUGGCCACAGGCGAGGACAGACCAGGAAAUCUUGUGCUGAAAACAAACCUGCUGACGUCCAGGUGCAGGUAGAGGAAGAACCUGUUCAUCUUGAAGGCAGUGCAAUGGAUGUGAACAUUAAGUGGCUUAAGCAAGAAUAUAUGAAAACUCAGAGAAAUUGGAAAGAAGUGGAUAACAGAAUGAAUGUGACAAUAGAAAUACGGAGGAAGAUGAUCAGCGAUAAGGCACCUUUAAAAGACAUUCUUAGACUAUUUCCUUUCUUAAGAUGCCCUUAUCAGCUUUUUAGGGAGUUCCAGCUUCUCACACACAUGGACAUUUAUAAGAAAACAGUUGAGAUUUUGGAGAUUUAUUCGGAAAACAUACUAUCUUUGUAUGCGGUGAGGAAUAAUCCAAUUAACAUUAUGCUGCAAGAAAAUCUGAAGCGGCACACAGAGGAAGAUAUUCUGAAAUAUAUGAAAAUGACUGCUGCAUGUUUACUCCUGCCAGAUGUCUUUGGGGACGAUUCCAGUCUGUUUGUUGCAGUGAACGAGGAGGUGAAGGUGGUGACACCCGUGUUGGAAGUCAAAAAUCCCUUCAAUGUGAAUUCAUGCGAGUUUGCACUGUACAUAGAAAGAGAAGAGCUAGUCCAGCUCGAUGACUGCACCAUGGCCCUGGCGGCGCUGGUGGCUGCAUUCCACGUGUUCGACAUCCCGUGCCCAAAGAGAAUCCACAGGACUCUCAACUUCCUGGAGUCCCUGGUCUUUGAGGUGAGGAGCCCAGCAUCCCUGUCCACCCAGGUCAAGAGAGGGCUGGAGGUGCCCGUGUAUCCCAGUAUCUGA